AUGGCGUCUAACUACAAGGACGACAUGAGCGUUCAAAUUCUUAUAGAGGAAAUAAUCAGGAUUCAGAAGAAUAAGAAAGAAGCAGGGUCUUCCACCGUGCCAAGUCGCUAUAGCCGAACAUUAAAGAGACCUGAUCGCAAGGUGCAAUACAAGAGAAGAUCGGUGAAUGUGGCGGAGGAGAUAAUCCUUAUGAAUAGACCACCCGACGACAGAGUCGCGAAAGCCGAAGAAGUCAAGAUCCGGAUUAUCGAGUACAUGCAAAAGCAAGUCGCCGAGCAGAUUGGCGCAGGCGUGAACCAUCCCUACGCGUCUGGAAAAUUCGACAUCGCGUACUCAAAGGGAGGACCUACAUAUAUUGCUCAACUCAACUUCUAUCCCAAACUGAAGGACUCGGAUGGGUUUGCCGAUAAGCCCGAGGUCGUCGAUAGGGGAAAGAGUGAGAUCGAUGCCUUAGACUCGAUGUGUGCGCUGCUGCACUUUGUGGAUCCGACGAGGAUAGAGUAUAGGAACAAAAAGUGGUGAUUGCAAUGAAUGCGGUGUAUCACAUGUGAGGCGGAGCGCUUAGCAAGCAUGGGAAUGAAUGAGAGGUCAAAGCACUCAAUGGGUGAUGAGAUAUGUUAGAAGUGUUCGACUACAGUCGCUAUCAAUACGUGAGUCUGUUUGCACUACAAUGUUUGGCGCGGAAGAGUCCCUAGUCCCGC